AUGGUUCCAGACGAUUCGGGAGACGACAAGACUUCUGUCGUUGUUGUCUCCGACUCUGCUCCUCGACCUGCUUCUGCUUCUCCCACGAGAGGGACUUCUUCCGAGAACCAAGUCACACAAUCUACCUCUUCAGACUCGAUUCCCACUGUCGCUGCCCCUGCGCCGCCUCCGCAGGAGCCCACGGAAGAGCAGCAAUCGCAGCUCAAGCACGAGCAGCCGCAGCAGCAGCAGCCACCGCAGGAGCAGAAGGAGGAGCAACAUCACGAGCCGCAACCGCAAUCGCAACCACAGGAGCAAUCGCAGCCGCAGACGCAGACGCAGACGCUGCCGCCCCCUCAGCCUCAGCAGAACGGCGACGACAGUCGGGCGUCCGAGACCAAUACCACGACCCCCGUGUCCGAGGCCGACAUGGCGAGCCACCGACCGGCCCUCCACGGCAUGCACGCAGGCUAUCCCACAAGCUCCUCGUCGCCCAUCUAUCCUCAGACCAGCCUCCCGACCACUCAGUACGCCUCAUAUUCCACAGUCACAGCUGCAGCUCAGCAGGGCGAUGCAUACCGCGUCAGUCCCGUGGGCACUCCGCAAAUGUCACUGCCCAGCAUGCGCACCAUCGACGCCAUGUCACAGCAAUCUGUCCCUCCAAUGCCGCACCACUCCAUGUCCAUGGGCAUGAGCAUGCCCCUUACUGCCGUCUCGACCCCUCCUUACUUCACAAGCCAUUCAGCGCCUCUCCCUUCCAAUUACGGCUUCCCCCAGGACGCCUUGGCUCGGUAUCCUCUCCCGCACGAUCCUCGGCUCAUCAACCACCGAGGCCCCAAGAAGGAGAUCAAGCGACGAACCAAGACGGGCUGCUUAACGUGCCGCAAACGACGAAUCAAGUGCGACGAGACGCAUCCCACCUGCAACAACUGCAGGAAAUCGAAGCGCGAGUGCCUGGGCUACGAUCCCAUCUUCCGACAGCAGCCCGGAACCCCCACCAGCAGCAGCGUCCAGCCCGUGUCCAACAGCCUCUCACAGCCCGAGCCGUCGGGCAUCGCUUCUGUGCAGUCCGGGUCGGCAGUUGGUCCUCCUACACCGCGUCUGGUCAACUCGUAUGGUAGCCAAUCGCCGAUGCUGCCGAGCGGCUAUGCGACAAGCUCGAACCCUGGCACCCCGUCGAUCCCACCAAGCACCUACAAUCCUUCUCUCUCUGUGUCUGUGAAGCCUGAACUUGGCUACGGCUACUCUGCUUCAGGCAUCGAUCCCGCCGUACGCACCAUGUCUGCCAUGCCUGCCAACCAAAUGUCGCUAUCGGGCCCCGAUAACAGCUAUUUACGAGCCAAGAAGAUGAAAAUCGACGAGAUUAUCGAUCUGCUUGGCCCACCCGCACCGGUUCAGCAGAUUAGUCACACGGAAGAAACUUUUAAUGAAAUCACAAAGGUCUACCAUGAAAUGUAUGCCAGCGGGCUCAGUGCCUUCUUCGAGACGAGCUGGUACUACUUUACCGACAACGGCAAAAUGACAUUUCCCAAAGAUGCCAACCUCAUCGAGCACAUGGCAACUUUUCUCAAAAUCCUCGAGGCCGUCAAGGCCAAUGAUCACACCCAAAUGGCUUAUUCAGGGGUUCUGGAAACCAGAAUUGUGUGGGAGUUGGCUUGUACGGCAUACCAAAUCCCCGACAGGGCGAACAAUUCCAUGCGCCUCAGCCUGCCGCCAGACAACGACCCCAUUGAAGCCAAAAAUCGCCUCCUGGUAGUCGAGGCUUUGCUCUGUGGUGAUGAGCUGCAAAGCAACCCUCUCGCACCUCCAGUUGCAGACGCAGACCACCACCGUGUGCGCCAGUUUGACUUUUGGUAUAGCCUGGCCGAAUUCGUUCGCAGGAGGGACAAUCCCAACGCGCCUUCGACUGUCAAAAUCAGGGAGGACGUCCUGAGCCGCAUGCGCCACCUUCUUGACGGACGAGAGAAUCGAGAUGUCCUCUACUCCAUAGCCGUUGUCCGCGAGCUGGCGCCAAACUUUGACUCCGGAUAUGCAGCUACGAUUCCGCAGCAUUUGGACGAAUCAGACCCAAAGAACAGGCUAGCCGUUGCGUCCAAAUUCAUUCUAGACGAGUCCCAAGUCACCGGUGGAACAACAAACGUGGUGCGUCGGUUCAGCGACAUUGCGUCUCGAGCCUUUGUCAACCCUGGAGUAAACAUUGCUCGAAGAGUAUAA